GGGGCGCCGCUCCGACGUUACAUUCGCUCUGCUACAAUUUGCUGCAGUGUCGCCGUGCUGUUGCAUUCGACAACAUUGUAUCCCGGCGGAGGGGGUAAGAGGAAAGCCGAUUCUUCCCCUUCCACAAAACAAAACCAAACCCUGGUGGGAAAAGAAGAAAAGCAGAAGGAAGGAAGCAAGCAAGGAACAAAGAAAGGAAGAAGGAAAGAAAGAAGGAAAGAAAGAAAGAAAGAGAGAAAGAGAGGCGUUGAGCAACGCGCAGGGAUGUUUCGCUCCUAAACCCAAGCUCUCACCAACGUCGCCUCCUGAAGAGCCGGAGCUGUACAAUGUAUCGUGACUGCAUUAUGAAAGAUAACAAAUAAACCCUUCCGCGGUUUGAACUCACUUAUAUACAAACACACACUCACAUAUAGACACACACGCGGAAAGAAAAAGGAGGAAAACGUGCAGGAAAGUAGCGGCGGAAGCGGUCUCUCUUGGCUUUGUUUUACACUGAAGACUGAAACGCGAACACGCAGCAAUUUUCUUUUUUUUUUGUCGCCGGUUGGAUUUUUUCCAAAGGAGGGUGCUUUAUCAAUUUUUCUUUAAAAAGAAAGAAACACAACAAUUGGGGGAAGAUCUACGCGUCCAGGCGGCGAAGGGGGCUAUGUAUCCGCAAGCUAGACAGUCGGCUCCAUCACAGUCAGCACAACAGUUGAAAUUUACUACCUCGGACUCCUGUGAUCGAAUCAAGGAUGAGUUUCAGUUUCUGCAAGCCCAGUAUCACAGCCUCAAGUUGGAAUGUGACAAACUGGCCAGUGAAAAGACAGAGAUGCAGCGUCAUUAUGUUAUGUAUUACGAAAUGUCUUAUGGUUUGAAUAUCGAAAUGCACAAACAGGCUGAAAUUGUCAAAAGAUUGAAUGGAAUCUGUGCUCAAGUCAUCCCUUUCUUAUCUCAGGAGCAUCAGCAGCAGGUGGUUCAAGCUAUCGAGCGUGCAAAGCAGGUGACUGCCCCAGAGCUCAACACCGUCAUCAGGCAGCAGCUUCAGGCACAGCAACUGUCUCACCUCCAUGGACUCACUGUGCCACUCACUCCACUGCCAGCUGGUCUGCAACCUCCUGUCAUUCCCUCAGUCAGUGCCAGUGCAGGGUUACUGGCAUUAUCCAGCGCCCUGGGCUCCCAGAUCCACCUCGCUACGAAAGAUGACAAGAACCAUCAUGACAACGAUCACCAGAGAGAUGAGGGCGUGCAGAAACCCGAUUAGAAACUCUGGAGGGAUCGCUGAACACAACAUCCUUAAAAUGAUCUUUUGGUGUUUGUUUUAAUGCCUGUAUAUAUCUCGGAGGUGGCAAUUUUGUGCUGUGUAUGUUAUUAUUUAGGGGAACAAAACUUAUUUUAAAGCUCCAGUAUAUUAUAAAAAGCAACUUUGUUUUAGCAUGAACAAAGCAGGAAUAUACACUAAGUUUGAAGUUGCCUCGGGCGAGGCCUUAACUUAUUGGCUUGUCCACUUCACGGACAUUCUCGUGUUCAACGUUUCCAAGGUCAAAGCUUCUGAUUCAGCCAGUCCAUUGAAGUCGCGCUUUGCAGGAAUUUGCCUUUCCUAUUAGUCGCCCCCAAAAUUGGGUUGUCCAGUGGUUAACUUUGUCGAACGACUCGUAACGUUCGACUCUCUCCACUCUCAGAAACCAAAGCAAAUUUGUGGCCCGUGCUCAUGAAGUCCAAUCUUACAUGAACUGUCAACACAUUCCAAUGCUGCAACAUGCAAAUGUGGCUUCAAUAAGACAAGUUGCCUUGAACAAAUUCUCUUCUUUUCAUCUGGUAGAAAGGUUUAUAUCGAUCUUGCUGCUUUGUGGGCAGUCUUCCUCAUCGGAACUUGACCUCUUUGGUCAACAGUCACAGCAUUGGCGCCAAAAAAGCGAGAGUUUGCAAGCUAGUUUAGGAAUUCAAUUAUCGGUUAAGUUGACGAUAACUCUUUAAAUUACUUAAUCAGCAUUUUUUUAAAUUAAUUGAAUAGAAAUAUGCUGCCAUUUCAUUCAGUUUAUGCCAAAAUGCUCAAAAUCUAGCAGAAUUCUGUGGUGAAUGUGCUUGCUUUGUUUGGCCUGGGUCUGGUUGGGUGGGGAUUUAAAUGGUGGCAGCUCGACUAUAACAAAAUGGCCGCCUCUCUAACGGAGCCUUGAGGAACCCGUAAAUUUUUGCGCGUGGAAUCGGUGGCCAGGUAGUUAAGUUGUUCAUGAAGGCACUUUGUUGAGAAGUGAGGUGGAGUGGCGGAAUGGGAUCUUGUUGAUCAACCGCUCUCUGCAAGUUGAUCUAAAUCUUGUCAACAGCUGUGGCUAUCCCCGUGGUUUCCUGCGUCAAACUUGUCCUCUGGAUGUCUGUUUGAAGUUUGUGGUGAUAGGAGGGGAGAUGUGUGUGGUGAGUGAACAGUGACAGUGGACUUUUCGGAAUCCUUGAAUAGUUCAGUCAUGUCCAGACUUCCCUUGCCCCUUUUACUUACUCUCACCUCAAGCCAAGAAAGGAUUGAACUGCCUCCUAUGUCCAAACUCCAUGGGAUUAGUUUUGCUAAGGCACAAAGCAAGUCAUUGGUUCCAAGCCAUUUCUUGCUGUUUCAUGAGGUCUUUGCCAUGGAGAAGAUUGGUGACAAAGUGGCCCGUAAUUUAUGUUGGUUUUAGCCCCAAAUUCCGAUAAAUGUACCAAUCAGGCUUUUAAAAUUAACUCAUGGUCACCUUCUGCCAUCCGCGGCGCAGUGGAGGAGUUGCUGCCUUACAGCGCCAGUGACCCGGGUUCGAUCCUGACUACAGUUGGUCUCUGUACAGGGUUUGUACGUCCUCCCCGUGACCGCGACCCUUUUUCCGAGUGCGUCGGUUUCCUCCCACAUUCCAUACACGUGCAGGUUUGUAGGUUAAUUGGCUUCUGUAAAUUGUCCCUGGGGUGUUGGAUAGAACGAGGGCUCUGGCUGAAGGGCCUGUUUACGCGCUGUAUCUCUAAACGAAACGCCUGUGGCAGAGAGAGUGAAAAUUAACCCCGUACUUUAAGUUGACGACAGAGAGCAUGAUCCAUGAAGUGAGCAGAUGGCCAAAGAUCAGAUGAGUUUCGAGGCACACCUUAAGGGUGAACUGUGGCAAAGGAUCACUGGGUCAAGAUUAGUUUACCACCCAUGCUUUUGUAAAUUCAUGCUUUGGUGGGGAGAGGUGGAGGAAAGUUUGGCCACACAUUGGGCAGGUCACAUUAACAUUAACCUCUACAAUCACCAGUUCCCAUAACUACAUCCCAUACAUCUAUUUUCCACAUCCCACACAUCUAUUUUCCACAUCCCACGUGCAUUAAACUCUCAGAAUCUGCCCCUUCCCCAUAAAUCAAGUCUCCCAACACGGAGACAUCAAAGUGUCUUUGGUAACCUGGAACCUUUGAAUGUCACGGCAAAGAAUCUUAUUUUACUUAACACUCCCCUUUCCGUACAGGCUCCUUGCGAAUCUUGGAAACAAACAGCCCAGCAGUUGCUAUUAAAUGAAAUCUCCCACAUUCACAUUGGGUUUUUAAGUUGACUCUUUUUGUCAUGCAUUUGUGUUUGGUGUGGCCUCUAUUAGAGUAAAUAUGGUAUAUUUUGUUCUUUGUCUAUAUAUUCUGGUUACUGAGGGCCUAUUAUUGUACACGUCACUUUUAAAUGGAUUAGUUGGAUCGGGGUUGUUUUGGAAGCCAUGAAUUGGAUCCCAGUGCAUUUGACUUGGACACCAUUGGAGUUAUGUGCGCUGUUGAUGGAUUUCCAAAUUAGAAAUGUAUUGAAAUAUAAUUGUUGAACUACACUGUGUAUAUACCACAGCUUUAAAUGCUAGAUCACUGAGAAUUCCUUCAGUCCUUUUAUUUGCUUAUGAUUUAAACCAGCUCCUAGCUACUGCUGCUAGUUGGCUUUCAGCCACCUCUCCCUCUUCCUCUGCUGUGCCAGAUACAUUUAUUCAUUUAAACCUGGCUUCAGUCCCUCCACUUGCAGCCCAAUACAUACUUAGCAGAAAAUGGUCCAAAGAUGGUAACUUUCUCCAGCGCAUAUGUUAAGCAUUCAGUCAUUAAAAUGACUUUCUUUUUGGAGUAAAAUUAAAAGUAAAAUUGAUCCCUAAUGGGAAGUUUAAAAAGUAUAUCAUUGUAUCAGUUUGUGAUGGGGGUGGGUGGGGGCAGUUAAACUGUCUUGUCUGUAAUGUUGAGUUAAAGCCAUUUUUGCUUUGCAAAGAAUCGUGAAAUUGCAGAAUCAAGGAACUGCAGAUGCUGACUU